GUGGACUUGGUUGUCUUCCAGAACCCGACUAUGAUGCCCAGCCAAGCAUAAAGAAGGGAGUAGGAGAAAAGAGGAGAGGGAUAGGUAUCAUGUGACAAGGACUCGGUUCCACUGUUUUGGCAGUACCUACAUAGAUCGAUUGAGGAGAGACAGAGACACACUUGGGCUGCAGAUCCGGCAAUUUGGCUCGAACCCAACUCGAGUCGAUUUGGGGAAGUCUUGGCCUGACUCGAACCCGACAUGAAGUCAAAGUCAAACAUGUGUACACCUUCACUGCGUGUGUGUAUAAAACCACCACCCCCGUCGCCUUCCAUCACGAGAACGCUGCUGACCACCUUCACCAUUUACCCACGAAUCCGACGGUCAAGAUUCCCCCGUUACUCCCCGCAUGGCCAUCUCCUCCAAAUCCGACGGCCCAGAUUCAGCCGCCGAGCCCGACGCCGACCACUUCGAGUUCUUCUCCUUCCCCUCACCUCCAGCCAUGUGCGCCGCCGCGGACGUCUUCCUCGGCGGAAAGAUCCUCCCUUUCGGCGCUCCUCCCCCCAAACGAGCUGAAAACCUUGGCGACCUUUGUUGGCAGGAGACCUACGCCGCUUCCGAGUGCUCCCGCCGGCGCCGCAGGUUCUGGGGCGGCCGUGUGAAGGCCGAGUACCGGAGGCUGAGGAGCAUGUCGGACUGCCACGAGAUGGUCCCCCCGCCGGCGGCGAGGCAGCAGCGACCGAGGUGGUACCUCUGCGUGCUCGGGUCGGUGCGGGUGCCGGCGACGAUGGACAUGAGCGACAUCCGGAGCCGGCAGCGCCGGCAGAGCGCGGCGGCGGAGGCGGAGCCGGGGCGAGGGCCGAGCGGCGACGUGGGCCGGGCGACGUGGAGGCUGCUGCGCUCGCUGAGCUGCACGGGGCUGGAGAGCGCCUCCGCCGUCACCGUGCCGUUGCGCUUCGCUGAGCACGUGCAGGACACGUGAACUUUUGUUUCCUGAAACGCGGAGGGGCAUUAUUGGAAGAGAGACCCACGGGGGGCACUACGGGAAGAGGCCCUGCCAUACUUAAAUUCCGAAAAUACCCUUUUCUUGAAA